AUGAUGAGAGAAAUACGUAGGAAGACUGCGUUGCGUCAUUUCUCAUGGAGAGGAAGCUUUACUUUAUACACUUUUCUCUCUUUCAUUUUCGAAAACAUUUCUCUCUCUCUCUCUCUCUUUCCUCUUUCUCUCUCUCUCUCUCUCUCUCUCUCUCGUUCUUUCACUCUCGCUCUUUCGCUCUUUUGCUCUCUAUAUCCUAUAUCUCUCUUUCGCUCUCUUUCUCUUUCUCUGACAGAUCUCUCUCUUCUUUCUCUCUUUUCUCUCUCUCUCUCUCUCGCUCUCGUUCUUUCACUCUCGCUCUUUCGCUCUUUUGCUCUCUCCCUCGCGCUCUCUCUCUCUUUCGCUCUCUCUCUCUCUCUUUCGCUCUCUCUCUCUCACUCUCACUCUUUCUCUCUUUUGCUCUCUCCCUCCCACUUUCUUUCUCUCGCUCUCUCUCUUUUUUGCCCUCUCUCUCGUUCUUUCACUCUCGCUCUUUCUCUCUUUUUCUCUCUUCCUCGCUCUCUCUCUUUUCUCUCUCGCUCUCUCGCUCUCGUUCUUUCACUCUCGCUCUUUCUCUCUUCUUCUCUCUCCCUCGCUUUCUUCUCUCUCUUUCGCUCUCUCUCGCUCUCUCUUUCGCUCUCUCUCUCGUUCUUUCACUCUCACUCUUUCUCUCUUUUGUUCUCUCACUCUCUCUCUCUUAUUUCUUUAUUUCUCGCUCCCUCAGCAUUAUCCCCAACCAUUCUUUCCAACAUUCACUUUCUACUACUCUACACUACUUUCUUCCUUCCUUCAAAUUCUUUGCUUCUUUCUUCCAUUCUUUCUUCUUUUUUUCAACUUUUUCCUUUUUUACUUUCUUCCUUUAUUCUUCCUGUCUUCUUUCCUCCCUUCCUUCCUUCUUUUAUUCCUCCUUCUUUCUUCCUUCCUUUCGUCCGACCGACCGUCCGUCUUUUAUUCCUCAUCUGUUUCCUCCUUUCAUCUUCAACUCCCUUUCUUCCUUCUUCUGACGUUCAAUUUUCUUCCUUCCCUUUUUGUCUGCUUCCUUCCUUCCUUCCUUCCUUCCUAAUUUCCUUCCUUCUUUCACUCUUUCAUUCUUUUCUCCUUUCCUCUCACUUUCCUCCACCCUUCCUUUCUUUCCCCCUUUCAUUCUUUCCUCUCUCUUUCCCGCAGCCUCCCUUCCUUCCUUCCAAAUUUUCUUCCUUCCUAAUUUCCUUCCUUCUUUCACUCUUUCAUUCUUUUCUCCUUUCCUCUCACUUUCCUCCAGCCUUCCCCACCCUUCCUUCUUUCCCCCUUUCAUUCUUUCCUCCUUUCCUCUCUCUUUCCGCAGCCUCCCUUCCUCCCUUCUUCCUUCCUUCCUUCCUUCCCCCCUGUCUUUCCUUCAUUCCCUUUCAUUCUUUCCUCCUAUCCUCUCACUUUCCUCCAGCCUUUCUUCCUUCAUCCACCCUUCCUUCUUUCCCUCUUUCAUUGUUUCCUCCUUUCCUCUCACUUUCCUCCAGCCUUCCUUCCUUCCUUCCUUCCUUCCUUCCUUCCUUCGUCCUUCCUUCUCUCCCUCUUUCAUUCUUUCCUCCUUUCCUCUCACUUUCCUCCAGCCUUCCUCCACCCUUCCUUCUUUCCCUCUUUCAUUCUUUCCUCCUUUCCUCUCACUUUCCUCCAGCCUUCCUCCACCCUUCCUUCUCUCCCUCUUUUCAUUCUUUUUCCUCCUUUCCUCUCACUUUCCUCCAGCCUUCCUCCACCUUCCUUUUUUUCCCUCUUUCAUUCUUUCCUCCUUUCCUCUCACUUUCCUCCAGCCUUCCUCCACCCUUCCUUCUCUCCCUCUUUCAUUCUUUCCUCCUUUCCUCUCACUUUCCUCCAGCCUUCCUCCACCCUUCCUUCUUUCCCUCUUUCUUUCUUUCCUCCUUUCCUCUCUCUUCCUUCCUUCCAUCCCUCUCUUUCCAUCCUUUUCCUUCACCUUUCCUUUUCUUUCAUCUCUUCGUUCUUCUCUUCCACCUAUACACCCUCACUCAAGAAUGUAGGGAACAUCGCUUACUACUUCCAUUUCACCUAUCCUUUCUCCUCCCCUUUCUUAGAUUCCUUCAGUUCAUUUCUUCUUUUUUCUUCUUUUCAUCUUUAAGGCUGCGGGAAAGAGAGAGGAAAGGAGGAAAGAAUGAAAGGGGGAAAGAAGGAAGGGUGGAGGAAGGCUGGAGGAAAGAAAACACCCACUGCUUCAUUUCUUUCACCUUCUCUUUAACGUUAUUCAUUCUCCCUCUCUUGUUUUACCUUCCUCUUUUCUCUUAUUCUUCCAUUCCUUUUCUUCUUCCUUUCUUUCCUUCUUCUCAUCUUGCUUCUUAA